AUGGCAGAAAUGUAUAAGAAGUUUCAUACUUUUCAGCUGACUGUGAGCUGUACACUACACGAAGCACAGUACCUGGUGAAGCUAUUGUUGAGUGACAUUCCGAUUGACUCGCAGAGUGGAGAGACAGUUGCAGCAGACACUAGCCGGCUGAAGUUUCUGAGAGAGCACCUGGACAGAUUAUCCAACAGACUCUGCUUCUCCUCCCUACUCUGUCCCGCCCUAGAACACUUGUUCGCACAGAACAAGGCGGCGUGUUCAACCCAGACGCUCCUGCUGAUCUUCAAGACCCUGCAUCUCACCCAACUGCAGGAGAUAACUGUCAGCCUUGCCCUUCUAGACCACACCUCUUUCUCUUCCCUCUCUCCUCCCCAUACUGCCCCUCCUUCUCAAUCAGCACCAGCAGUGACCCAGGUGCAGUUGCGCAGCUGUGCCUUCGAGAUCCUCAAGUUGAAGGUGGGCGACUUUGCACGUGCAUACAGUGACAGCAGCAGCUACCAAUCAGGGCAGCAGCUGCACGAGCACUCGGGGGGUUUCGCCGACACUCCAGUGCGCAUUCUCUACCAGCUGUUGCGUCUGGUGGCAGAGGGAAGCAUCGAACUGCCAGCAGAAUUGCACAAGUCUCUCUUCGACUCACUCGAAAACGACUUCCCCAAGAAAAGUUGUGUACUGGCACCUGCCCUGUACGACAAAGAGGGCACUUCUCUGGACACUGUGUUGUCUGCCAACACAGCAACUAUGGCUGAGAUGAGUUUGGCCAGUGUGAUCGAGAACUUGGGCCCGACUUCUCUGCACAGUGGCGAUGACGUCAUCAAGGUGUUGCAGGAGUUCGGAGUGCACAGAGUGUCCGACUACCAGGUGGCUCUGGUCAUCACACGCAUGACCAACCUCUCCAUGGCCAUCAAUGUGGCCAACGAUGUCCAACUGCAGUCGCUGGCCAGCUCUGGCUGGUCCAACUCCAGUUUGGAACAGGGACUGGAUGCGUCCAAGGCCACUUGUUCGGCUGCAGGCUGGAAUCCACGUGUGUUUGUGGCGGCUGUGAAAGGCGUCGUGAAGACAGUGAACUGGGCUCAGGUGGUCAAACAACUGGAUAACGAUCAGUUCCUUGUGAGAGGGCCAGAGUCACUGGCUAUUGUGAUGGGCGCCAUGGAGGCUAUGAACAUGGGCUCUGCGGCUGACAACUGGACUAACUUCCCCAUCGACUUCUUGUUGUCUCAAUGGUCAAAUAUUAGGGGACAGCUGUCGUGGAUCGAGGCCUUAAUCCAGAGCUACGAUCCCAGGGCCACGGACUCGUUCAGCUUCGGACUAUUUCCAGCCAAACUGUUGAGCACCGCGGAGAGCAAGCUGUUCGAUGAGAACCAGAUUGCUAAGCCACCCAUCGCCACCUGGAAGUGUGUGGAUCUGCUGGCGUGUCUGUUGCGUGCUGGCUCCCCACUUGCGGCCUCAAACUCCAAACUGUUCGACUCUGUUCGCUCUCUCUUCAACUACCCUGUCAAGAACUGUCCAGACGUACUUUUCUUCACCCUCCUACAUGUUGACGAUGCCAGUGUGGGAGUCUCGUCCUCCUCUGCUGGCUCUUCUCCGGUGAAAGACAUUCUGUUUUCCACUCUGGUGACUAUGUUCCUGGACAGCAGUCCCAGUGCUGGUGCUGUGCUGCACUGGGCAUACCACUUCCAGGCACCGGCAUUCCAGCAACCCAUCCUCGCUCUCUUCUCCUCCUACUACAUGGCCAGGCCUCUGGACGCCGCCCGCAUCCACAAACUGCUCGAGGGCUUGCACAAUCUGGGACACAAGGCUGUGCAGGCAGCUGCCAACACUGGUCCAGUGGCAUUUGGCCUGGAAGUGGUGAUGCACGGAGCUAACAGAGACUACUUCAACCUGGAGAAGUAUCUGAGCGACCGCAUUGCAACACACAAGGAGCAGUUUGUGAUGGAGUUGAUUGCGUUCAUUGACGAGAGAGUGUCUCUCUACGUGGCAGGGGCUGAACUGCCGAAAGCACACCUGCACAAACUCAAACACAUCAUCAACGCCACCCGCCUCCUGUUUGAGACUGUGUCCCACUACUCGGCACAGACGCAGAAGGCGGUGGAGGAUCUGGCGAAGAGAGUGAAGCCACUGCAGCAGUGGUUCAGCACUGGCAGACUCAUUGUCCCCCCUCCCCACCCUCCUCCGCAUCCGCCCCUCCACCACCACCAUCUCCACCAGCAGCAGCAGCCCAACUUCGCCCCUGCAACAGCCUCUGCAGUGAGCAACAACAGCAGUAACCCACUGGGAACAGGCAUGGCCGUGAGGGGCACAGGGAGUCCCAUAUAUGGACAAUCCUCCUCCCAAUCCAUGGGCCCUCUCCACUCCUCCAACCCCCCUCUACAACAUCACACUGUGGGGGGUAUGGGCAAUCAGAAGGAUGUGGGUGGAUCAGCAGUUGCAGCACUCUCUCAUUUACACAAUUUGAGUGUAGGACCAUAUGGGUCAUCUAAACUUUCAUCAUCGGCAGCAGCAGUCCAUUCCAUUAAACCUGGACUGAGUUCAUCCGCUUCGGUGGCCUCCGGCGGAGACUUCAUGGCAUCCCAACAACAGCAACCACCGUUCACAUCCGCACUGAGCUUGGGUACAGGCAGUGGACUCACUCUGGCAAAUGCACCCUCCCCCACUACAUCUGCUGCGGGCGAUGUGGGUGGAUCUGUGCUGAAGCAGCGCGAGUUCUCUGGGGAAAUAGAGACGGAGACUAAUAAUUACUUCAUGCGUAUCUACAGCCAGUCCAAUCCUCUACCCCACAUAAACCAAGUGCUGGAACUACUGAAGAACUACAAGAACUCCUCACUGCCCCGAGACAAGGUGAAGGCGCGAUCGAGUUGA